CCUCCUUCAUCGUGCAUUCCCCCUCGCUGGUGUACAACACCAGAAACCAAGCAAAGCCAGGCGAAGUUCCCCGGGGAAAUCCAUGGCCAAGUUCUCCUUCGCCGACGCUGCCGACGAAGACCAUUCUCACGCCCCCGCGCCCGCCCCAGCCCCAGCCGCAGACACCACCGACGCCGGGGGCGUCGACAGGAGGAAGCGUGACGGCGACGGCGCGGUCGGUGGAGGACCACACUCCAAGGCCCGGAAAUUGGAUGGCGUGGGCGGGGAGCGGGCAGUGGCGGGGGACGGCGGGUGCGGUCGGGAGGUGCGGAGAGUCGGCGGGGACGGCGACGCGGGGAUCAGCAUGCGGAUCGACCCGGACUUGCUCGACUGCUCCAUCUGCUUCGAGGCCCUCUGCCCUCCGCUGUACCAGGUUUGCUUAAUUUGCUCAGCUGUGCCAAUUGAAUUGGAAUCAAGAAUUGUACCCUCUGCUUCAUCUUGAGCUAAUUGA